CAUUUUUGUAGACCUUACAAAUUCGUCUCCUGUCAGCAGCAGUAGCAGCAAAAGUGCGUAUAGUCGAUCGAAAAAGAUUGGAUUUUCUGUUGCAGAAGGUAUUGAGCACCGCUCAAAGUAGUAAAAUUUUCUCGCCCGAGUCCCGCCGUGUCGGUCAACAAUAAUUUGUGACGCUUUUAAUCGCGUUUCUCGAGUGUAUUUUGUAUUCUAGUGAAGGAAAUUUUCUUCAUUUCCCCACAACCCGGUUGGAAAGAUCGUGAGUUUCUUCUUGUUCAGUACUUCUUCAUUCCGCUCGUACACCGUGAGUAGAGGUUCUCUUUUUCGCUGUAUAGUUGAAGCGACAUCGUUUUUGUUAGUGUGCGUGAAAGUGAGAAAUCUGCCUUUGGUUGAAAAGAAUUCGAAAGCAUAAGUAGAAACGUUUUCAUCAACCAAUUUCCGGAAAAUCACUGCCCUAUUUACUGUUUGCGAUCAAAAAGUGCUCAAGGAUUUUCUUGUUCAGGUGAAAACAAAAGGUGUCUAGUUGGAGCAUUCGCGCGUCGUUAGCGUGUGUGCGUGUGAAAAGUAGUAGGUUCGUGUUUCCGGUGGUGGUGUGGAGGAAGCACUCGCAUUUUUUUUCCUUUUUUCGAAAGGGGCAAGUGGAAAAGUAUCGAGGAAUAGUGGAACGAAGAAGAAAAAGCUAGCAAGUAGACAGAUUUCCCGUUACGAAGUGAAGUGCAAAAUUGUUAAUUUUCCAGCUUCAGUUUCUCGUCGGUGGUAAAAUCCCAGCCGCGCCAGAUUCGUGUAGCGGACAGACGGCAGAAAGUUCUGUGCUCAGCAGUAAAUCUUGCGUGUCAAGUGUUAGUAUCCAUCAGCAAAGGGAGAGCAGAGUUCCCCAUUGUUCGAAAAUCGCAAACGUCAUCUCGCUUUUUGAAGGCACAGAACCAGCCUUCGGAAUACCGAAGACGACACGACCGAAACAGACAGCCCGGAAGUAACAGAAAGUGAAAGCCCACACGUCCAAGGACUGUAAGAAAUACGGUGUUUGGAAAGUCAACUCGGCUGUACUGAACCAACGACCGUCUAAACUAGCACUCACUUCACUGAUUCGAACUAAGACAAGACAGGCUUUGGACACGUAAGAAGCGGCUCGGCGCGCAAACAAAUUGGUCUGGUUGAGGCGCACAAGAGGCUUCCACACUUUUUCGCUGAUGAAGAUUCUCUGGCAGCAUGAAUGCAUUGGGGGGAACUAGGGGGGAGCGAAAUGCAAAGCCCAAAUUCGCAGCGUUAGAUAUCAACAAGCUUUAUAGCACAAGUCGGGGAGAAUCUCUAGAACCAUCUACUCAAAAAAGCGCAGCUCCUCGUAAACAUGGAAUGCAAAGUUUGGGAAAGGUUCCCUCGGCUCGUCGACCGCCAGCAAACCUUCCGUCUCUGAAAGCUGAAAUCUCCACACCGUCGGAUCAGCAAGGUACCUGGGGUAACGAAGCCGGAGAUAACCAGAACAAUAACUCUAGUAUUACUACAACACCCGCAGCAACAUCGUCACAAGCAGCAUCCUCUAGUGGCAGCAGCAGUCUAAAUAACAACACCUCCGUUAGUACUGGAGGUGUGCACAUUUCUCCCCACACAAAUAAUCAGCAGAUCCACCACCCUAACGCUUCGUCCUCAUCGCAAUGGAGUUCGAACGAGUUCCCCUCCCUGGAUGGCACUGGUCAGUAUGGUCCGAACAGCAAACAACAACCCCAUCACUACGAUGGCAACGACGGUCGAUCGGCAAGUCAGUAUAUGGAUGGUCCGCAGGUCAGUUUGAGACCACAGACGGAUGCUGCCAGUUGGAUGCAACAACAGCAGCAAGGCAGUGGAAGCGGAAGCAACGUAGGCGGUAUGAACGGGCCAAACAGCAACCAACAGGGCCAGGGCCACCAACAACAACAACAGCAGCAGCAGCAGCAAACACCACUUCCGCCACAAUUCCGAGCUCUGAUGCCACCGUUCAUGUAUCGUGGCAGCGGAGGCGCAGGUGGAAACUCUGUCACUCCACCUCCCUCGAACGAAGAAAUGAGUCGUGGUGGCAGAGAUGGUGGUGGUGGAGGAGGCAGUGGAAGUGGAGGGCGAAACAACAGCAACAGUGCAUACAACAGUAUGUUACCAAGUUUUGUUCAACCCUCGUCCAAUCAUCAUCCAUCUCAAGGAUCAAGUUUUUCACCAACGCAAUCUGGUGGUAGAUACCGUGAUUCCUUUGCUGGAGCGCGUCGAAAUCAAAUGCAACCUCCGCGACUUGCAAAUCGUCAGCAGCAACAGCAACAACAGCAACAGCAGCAGCAGCACACGCCACAACAUCAACACGACGAUCCUCGUGUACAACAAACUGCUCCCCCGUACGUAGAACCAGAUAUUGUUGUUCAGAGGCCUAUCAUACGCGACGAAGAAUUGCAGCGUAUUGAGGCGAUUUCUAAAGACGAAGGUUGGGCAAAGGACGACGAGAUCGAUUAUAACCAGAAGCUGCAGUUUUCCGAUGAUGAAUCGGAACCAAGUCCCGCAAAAGAGGUGCAACCAGUGGCCCAGACAACAACGCAUGAAAAAAAUCAUAUACCGCAAUCCCAAACACAGCAACAACCACCACAGCAUCAACAACAACAGCAACAGCCACAACAGCAGCAGCAACAACAACAACAACAACAGCAGCAACAACAACAACAGUUGCAAUCACAGCAGGAUGAUGAAAAACGGAUGACUUGGAGCCGGGAGGUGGACCGAGAAUACGAUAGGUUUGACCAGGAGCGAUCGGAUAUUGAACGACAAGAGCGUGAUCGAGAACAACAGCAAUCAUCAGUACGUUCCACUCAACAAAAUGGUCACGUUGGUGGUCGAGGUGGUUUGGAUGCGGAAGCAAAGGAACGACUAAAACAACGCCGUGAAGAAGAUCAACGACGCGAAAUGGAGCGAAAGCAAGCCGCUGCUAAAAAGCUGCUAGAGCUAGAGCAGAAAUUGAACCGGAAAAAGUCCGAGGACACAGGAGUAUCACCUAGUGGUCCUUCAGUGAAAGAUGAAGAUGAGCACGAACGUGAACAGCUCGCAUCGGGUUAUAGCGAUUCUACUGAAGGAAAAGAUCGUAACAGCUCCGGUAGUCGUGGAGAUCGUGAAAAGGUUGAUUCGAAGGAGCAACGGGAUCGUGAUAGGGAACGGUAUGAGUACGGGCGACAUGAUCGAUAUGAUCGCGACAGACCGGAUCCAACUCGUGAAGGAUGGGAUAUGCCUGCGUUUUCGAAGACUUUCCAAACAAAUUUGCCGCCGCGAUUUAUGAAACGUAAGCUGGAACGAAACCCCUCUGGUAACAGUUUACAGGGAAGUCACUUUGCCGCCAGAGAUCAACCGAAUAGUCGCAACAGUACCAGCACUGCCAACCAAGGAUCAACCGUUCAAUCUCAACCCCAGCCACAGCAGCAGGGUGAUGGUAAGAGUGUCCCAUUUGCACAGCAGUACGAUCCACGUUUUAUUCACAGCCAGCAAAGUUACGGAAAAACGCAAUCAACCGGUGGAUCCCAAAGAAGAGGUGGUCCGGGUGAUGAUGGAACGCGUGGGCGGGACUACAGAGAUCGUGGUGAUGAACGGGAAAUGCUGCGGGAUCGUGAUAGAGACCGUGACCGGGAAAUGAUUCCAAGAGAAAUUAUGAAGCGUCGGAUUGAUUCGGAGGAGGAUGAUCGAUUCAGCAGCAGUGGCAGGGAGUCCUCGAGCAAACUGAGCGGUGGUCGAACGACUCCACAACUGGUCAGAAGUGUUUCGGACACAUCGCAACGUAAAACCAGCGUCUCUAGUGAUGAUAAUUGUCGUCAGAUGGAACAUUAUACUAGCACGAAGGAAUCCAUGGGUUCGUGGGAAUCUGAAGUGGAAAAAGAAGAUCGCAGACAAGUGGAAGCGGCAGUUGUGCUUGCUAAAGAAAGUCAGAUGCAGCAGUUCCACCAGCAGCAACAACCGACGGAUAAUCGUCGAACGUCAGAGUCGUCGGUAAUAUCUGAGGGUGAACCGAAGCAAAUUCUUCAUCGAAUCAAAGAAUCGUCACCAUCGCUUUCUGAGGAACCAAGUAGAGCAGAGACAGCCGCCGAUGAGAUAAAAUCCAAUGAACCCAAGUUACAAUUGAAUGCCUGGGAAGAUACUGUUGAAGCUUGGGGAGAUGGAAAUGAAGCGUCAACAAAAUCACACGAUUUGAGUUUGACGUCAGCAGAUGAGAAAAAAAAUGCUUCCGGGUCUGAUGGAGUGAAAGCCGAAUCAAUAAGUGGAAGAAUAUCUGAGUCGGAUAGCAAAAUGAAUACUUCCCAGGGAAGUGCUGCUAGUGGUAAGGAAUCAGACGAUAGUAAAUAUGGAUCCAAAAAACCGGUGCAUCAGAGAUUGGCAGGCAGACAUGAAUCGCGUGGUGGAGGUCAUUCAAGAGGGGGCUACGGCAGUGGAUAUCCUCGCGGCGGUGGUAGCUGGGGUCGAAGAGGUGGUGGAGGUGGUGGGAAUUCUCGAAUGGGACAUGGAAGAAAUUAUAACCAAGACUAUUGGAGUGAGUCGGAUUAUUCGGAGGAUGGCGAGGAAGAAUUUAAAAAAGAUGGAAAGUACGAACGGAAGGACGGUAGUCAUUAUAGGCACGGUAAUUCAUCUGGCGGACAAGGACAUAAUAUAAAAGAAGGAUUUGCUCCUCGUGGAGAGCCAUCUCGCCGCGGACGAGGGGGAAUGAGUUCUUCGGUGGGCGGACCCGGAUUCCGUAAACCGACUGUUGGUAAAAAGAUAGACGGUUACGGGCCGCCCAGUUCGAAAAGUCCUUUCGGAAGCAAUGAAGAAAAGGUUGACUCGAAGCACCAGUCAACUGGGAAGGACGUUAAGUUAUCCGAGCAAGCCAACUGCAGUGAAGAUCGUACGAAACAAAAACAAGCAGCACUAAGUGCUGGUCUGACAAACAAACCCACGGGUCCGAAAUUGCCGCAGAGAAGCCCUUCGGGCAGUAUGAAGCCUCCGGGAAAACCAGCGGAAGAGACAAUUUCUGAUCAAGAAAAAUUGAAGGUAACAGAUAAGUUGCCUAUGGAUAAAAAACCUCGUAAUGACAGUAAAAACGAAACGCACGACGAAAAAGUUAGCAAAGAAAAAGUUAAAACAGACAGCGAAAAUCACGAUUCAGAAGAAAAAGAAGGAGUCAAAGGAGGAGUUAAUCGUAUCAAACAGCAGCAGCAGCAGCAACCUCAUUCUUCGAAAGGUGUACAACAACAAUCGGCUGGACUACUGGGCAAAUCUUCUGCACCUGUGAAAUCCGUUGUUACGACUAUCGCAGGCCAAACUGUUACAACGACUCAAAAACAUACAACGGCUGUUGUUGUUGGAGCUCAACCUAAAGCAAAUCAAGAUAUUCGUAACCAGGCGAACAAUGUCCGUUCACCCAAUCUUAUUGCUCCACGUCUAGUAAAACAAAAAGAUAGAUCACGAGAGGGCGGAUUCCAGGAGAGCCAGCAAAGUGGAACGGAAACAAACGACUCUGAGGCGAAUGUUACUUCAAAUAUGAUACCACAACAAACCCAGUCGCUACCGGAUAAAGUGGCCACACUGAAUAUAAAUACUACCAAGACUGAUACUAGUAAGCAACUUCUGGAUGGUACCACACCACCGGUAAACACGAUCAUUUUUGAGAACCGAAAUUACAAAUCAUCUUCUGCGGCGACAGUUUCUACAGUAGUAGUGCAACAGCAUCAUCAUGUUCAGCAGCAACAGCAGCAGCAGCAACAACAACAGCAACAGCAGCAGCAAGUUCAGCAACAAAGCCAAUUACAAGGAGCACCUCCGCCUCAAAUGAAACGACAACAUUCUGGAGGUCCCAAUGUGCCUCUGGUAGCUCUUCAGCAGCAGCAGCAACAACAACAACAACAGCAACAGACAAUUAUUCACAUGGGAAAACCCGAUCAUCAGGUGCGACAUCCGUCCCAAGAGGAAGCGUUCAAAUCAAGUGGUGGCAUUCAAUCCACUACUGGGUCAAUGCCGGAAAUGAUGGAACAACCACCACAGCCCCAGCGUCCUCAUUCGGCAAACGGGCCACCGCAACAACAACAACCACAAAUUCAACAGCAACAACCAAGCCAAGCGUCUUUGCAACAGCCAACGUCCCAGCAAGGCCAGUCGAACUCACAAACCGAUGCAAUUUCGAAUGCUCUCCAGGGAAUGACUUUCCAAAAACCAGCGGAUGCCGAUUAUGAUAAGGAAAUCAAACCAUUUUCAUUCGAGAAUGAUUAUUCGCAGCUUAUCGAAGCGAAACAAAAAGCAGCUGGUCUCUGUCUUCCUAAAACGCAAAAUAUGAUUUCUCCGUCAACGGCCGAGCUUAAUUUGAAAAUAGCUAGCGUGAAGAAGGUUUGGGAGAUGCCAACGGUUGCGGAACACACUGGUGAUGAUCCCACUAGCGCUGCGGCAGCUGCAGUACAUUUGGCAGCAAAUUUCGCAGCCGUUUCGUCACAGCAUCAGCAACAUUUACACCAGUUCCAACAUUCUCAUGGUAACCUUUCUCAUAGCCAUCCUGUUCACACACUGACUGCGGCAACCGGGCAGUCAUACGCUAGUAGCUUUGGACAAGAACAAGCUUCGCUUGAACAUUUCGGUAAACCAAGUAACGAAGGAGUGACUGGAACCGAUGUUGACACCGGUUACAACUCUCAACAGCAUACCAUUGUCGGACAAGGAAAUGUUCAGCAUCAAGCAUCUAACAUGAACAUGAAACACGCAGCGGAUGUGCUGGCAAACAAUGCCCAAGUAUGCAAAGUGAAACCAACGCAACAAAAUAUGCAUCAAUCUACUGGAUUGGGCCUUUCGCCACCUCCAAUGCAACAAGGCAAUAUGCCAUCCGCACCACAAACAUACUAUCCACCCUCUCAGUACGGUAUGUCUACCAUUCCUUCGCCACCGGCAGUGAUCUAUAAUUCUUCAGCAAUGCCUUCACAAGGUGGUCUCUAUAAUCCAUUCCAAAUUGAAGCAGCUGGUCGUUCGCAGUUCUCCCAAUUUCCAGCUCCCUAUGGCACCACGGGCACCACUCCGUACAAUGCUUACAUGACUACUCCUCCAAAUCUUCAAACCGCUCCGACCCCAGAUAUGUACCAGAGUCUAGCAUCGCAGUUCCGCAUGAGUGGCGCCGUCCAGUCCCCUUACAAUCCGUCGCCUUCGCAACAACUGAACAAUCCAAGCACAAUGCUUAUUUCAUCCAGCACAAACUCACUCAUGUCAUCGUCGGUGAAACCUUCGUCCCAACAAAUCGGUGCAAUUGGUUCUAAGAGUGGUUCCGUUGGCCAACCGUACGGCCAGCAAUACAUGGGCAUGUUUCAACCAGCACCGCUUCAGAAUAAUAACUACUACUCAAACUCAGCUGGUGGGCAGAGUGGAUUUUUUGGCGGUGCCGGAGCUACACAAAGUUUCGGCAUCCAGGCGGCUGCUGCUGGUAUGUUCGGUGGUCAUGGAGGACAGACUCCGUCCAGUGCUCCUCCACAACAACAGUUGCCCAAUUAUGCCGGUACAUCGCAGUAUCUUAGUUCACCACUACUGGCCAAUGCUGCCAUUUCGCAACAGUACCGGGGAGGACCAACUAAUAAUCCACAGUCGGCGGCGGCAGCGGCAGCUGCCUACAUGAAGAACAGUCAGCCCCAAUCGCACAUGCAGGAUCCCAAUGGUCGACAGUUGAAAAGUCCUUUGAAUACUGAUGGGUUGAAUAAUUUGAAACAGAUUCCACCACAAGCAAGUCCCCCACAUCACAAGGGCUAUGCAACGACCACGUGGGAGCUGCAGAAUCAGCUGAUGCAACAACAACAGCAACAGAGUCAGCAGUCGAACCCACAGCAACAGGUUUCGCAGCAGCAAAAUCCAUCGCAGCACCCCCAACAGCAGCAACAGAUGGGUCAACCACCGCAGUCACAGCAACCGAACACGAACCGGAACAUGAUGCAACCGAACCAACAGCCUCCGGUGGGACUAGGUGGAAGCGGUGCUGGUGGCCGUCCUCCGCCGCAAGGUGUGCAAGGUGCUGGUAUGCCGCAGCGAUAUCCGUCUCCAAUCCAACGACCGACUAACUACUCGCAGCCACCUGUUCCGGGUAUGCACCAGCCACGACCCAUGCGACAGUCCAACCACAAUCCGGGUCAGCAACAGCAGCAGCAACAACCACCCAAUAUGGCACAAUCGAUGGGCAACCCGAAUAAGCACUAUUACGGUGGUGGCAAUCGAGGUGGUGGCCACGUAAAUACAAUUAAUGAUCAAAACCUCGGCGGUAAACCGGGGGGAACAAACGAGAAACCCGUACUGGACAGUGAAGUGAAUAAGGAUGAUUCCAAGAAGAAGUAAGUGCAUAAGCAAAACUAUUAAUCUAAAUUAAAAAUGGGAAAAACGGUUACUUAGAGAAAUACAGUGAAAGUGAGUUCUACUUGCAAAAUGAGAGAAAAAGUAUUCAUUUUACAGUUAUAGUGAGUGAAGCUAAUAAAAGAAAAUAUCCAUUUAGAAACAGUGAAACGAAACAUAAUGCACAGUAAUUUCAUCUAAUAUAAUCGGAAAUUGUGUAUUAUCGGUAAACAUAAUAAUAUUUAUUAUUUAAAACAGUGACGAAGUAAAAUCAGAGAAAAUUACAACAAUAUUUGUCAUAAAAUAUGCAUUGUUCUAAUCAAUGCAAUUUUUUGCUUGAAUGGCAAAUGAUAGAACACGGAAUCGCAUGCAAGAUUUGGACUAGUUUCAAUUCAAACAGGCUUUGUUAGGUAUACUCCUAAAGACCAGUGAAAUGAAUCGGUUUGACUGAUCUUCACUAUAAACGGCAAAUAAAUGAUGAACUUCUUACUGAACCUAUCCAUAUUAUAUUGACCAGAGGGGCGUUUUCAGCAUCCGUUUUUCAUGCAACUAUUGUAACUGACACAGGGACAAAACAAACAGAGGACUUGACUUCCGGUCGCUUCUAUAUGCGUUGAUGCUGUACAUGCGAAUUUGUUUAUUACACUGUAAAAUUGUUGCUUGAUUUGCAAAGACGGGAAGUAUUGAUAAUUAUCUAAAUCGCAACUUUAUAGAACCAAGCGCUAUAAUUGUUGAGCAUUCUGUACUAAAAAAAAUCCUAGCAACUAAGUGUUUCACUCACCUUCUAACACAUACGGUGAGCUAACUCGAAAGAGACGAUACAUAUAAUGGAAAAGCUGUCAAAUGCAUGUUGCUGACACGGUAAAUGGGAUUCGGCGAGAAAAUAAACUAUUGCUAAUAAUACUACAACAACUACUACUACGACUACUACUAGAUAAGGACUUUAUAUUAGAAUGACUUAUUUCCCCUGCUCCAAUGCGAUUAUCGUAAAUCAAGACUAGCAGGGGAAUUCAAUCGUCCUUCAGUGUUGCAAAAAAAAAAAAACUUUACUGCAGAGACACAGAGAAAAAAGUCUUCACACAAGAUAGAAGCAAAUCUUAGAUUAAAAAUCAUAUGAACAAGCAAAUAUUCAAAGAAAAUAAAAACAAAGUGUGUCUACUCAGAAGACUAUUAGCUUAAUACAAGUGUAGAAGCAGAAAACACAAAUGCUGAAACAUAACAUAAAUUACAUGCAUAAUAAAGCAUCUAUACAUUAUAAAACAACUAUAUUAGUAAUUCACCUUAUUAAUUAUUAUGAAAGUAAUAUUAUAAAGCUACAAAAUGAAACGUGAAACAUUGAUUAUAAUUUGCCACAAAACUGCAAUAGGCAGAGGUCAAAUCGUGAAAAAGGUUUUGUUUACUUUUUCGAUUUAGUAUGACAUUGUUGAAGAAGAGAAACGCGCAUUAACCUAACCGAGUCAUGUUUGAAUAUUCUGCGUAAUUAUAGUAAUCGAUUGCUAAACGAAAACAAAAUAUGAAAAUUUAAUGUAACAAACAAAAAUAAAGAUACACUAUGACCGAUAACACUGCAGAGUGAGUAGGUGAGAAGUGAAAUUGGAGUAACAUGAAUUAAUGAGAGAUGAGUUUUUUAGUUCAUAUUUAAAGCAAAAAAUGUUUUAUUUAUUUCUACUUUAACGAUAAAAUCAUAACCGAAAAAAAAGUUAAAAAAAAUGAGAUGGUAAUUAGAAAAAGAAUACACCCACGCACGCAUAUAAGAUAAAAAAACGAAUACGAGGAAGCUGUGUGGAUAAGUUCAUAUGAUAGGAAGGUUGAAACGAUAACAACUUUGAAGAGACAUAAUGGUUGAGAAAAGUAAAGCAGCAGCAGCAAAGCAGUACGUAUGCUGAAGAAACAUUAUACAAAUGAAUACAUCAAAGUAUCUAAAACAAUUCAAACAAAAAAAAAAAAGUUUAUAAAAUUCAUAAAAGUGAAAGAAAAAAAAAUAAAAAAAUAAAAUCGAUAAUACGAAAAUCUAG